CCGCCGGAGAGGGCGCGCGCACGGGAGGUGGCUGGGGGUUGUGCUCGCUUGUGCUCUCUCUGCUCUCUGACCCCAGUGGCAACUCCCAUUCACUGCACUCAGGCUCCUUCUGUAGGAGGCUGCUCCCUCUAGCUUUCUCUCCCCUCCCGCUUGUCUGUCAGUGUCUCUCGUCCGCCUCCUUGCUGUCUUGUCUGGUUUCUUUGCACAGAAGCCAGCCGAGGUCCCAUCGGGUCGAAGCCGCAUGGACCCUCGUCUCCCCGCCGCGUAGAGAGCGACCCCGACCUGGCUCUCUUCCUCCGGCGUGACACAAAAAUCGCAAGACGAAGACUGCAGUGUGCUGGGUUCUUCAGCCUGAUCUGUGCUGUUGCUGCUUCUGUGGGCGACUGCCCGGGCUUUUCUAAGCCGGUCUGAAGGAUGUCCGCUGUACGGAUCGCUGCUGAAUUCCGGUGAACGAACGGCGUCUCAUGUCCAAACGGCGGGAGGAUGGCUCAUGGCAAAGUGACCAUCACGGUGGAUGAGUACAGCUCCAACCCGACACAGGCCUUCACACAUUACAACAUCAACCAGAGCCGCUUCCAACCUCCACACGUCCACAUGGUGGAUCCAAUUCCCUACGACACUCCCAAGCCGGCCGGCCACACCAGAUUCGUGUGCGUAUCGGACACACACUCGCGGACAGACGGCAUCCAGAUGCCCUACGGCGAUGUGCUGCUGCACAUGGGGGACUUCACUGAGCUGGGCCUGCCCUCUGAGGUUAAGAAGUUCAACGAUUGGCUAGGUGGUCUCCCUUAUGAGUUCAAGGUGGUAAUUGCCGGAAACCACGAGCUGACCUUUGAUAAGGACUUUAUGGCUGAGCUGGUCAAGCAGGAUUACUACCGUUUCCCCUCAGUCUCCAAACUCAAGCCAGAGGACUUUGAUAAUGUCCAGUCGCUCCUCACAAACUGUGUCUAUCUGCAAGACUCGGACGUCACCAUAAAGGGAUUCCGGAUAUACGGCGCACCAUGGACUCCGUGGUUUAACGGCUGGGGUUUCAAUCUGCCUCGGGGUCAGUCUCUGCUGGAUAAAUGGAACCUCGUCCCAGAGGGCAUCGACAUCUUGAUGACCCACGGUCCUCCGCUGGGUUUCAGAGACUGGGUUCCUAAAGAGCUGCAGAGGGUUGGUUGCGUGGAGCUGCUCAAUACAGUGCAGAAGAGGGUACGACCCAAACUCCAUGCAUUCGGAGGCAUACAUGAAGGCUAUGGCAUCAUGACAGACGGUUACACAACGUUCAUCAAUGCGUCCACUUGCACCGUCAGCUUCCAGCCCACCAAUCCCCCCAUUGUGUUCGACCUGCCCAACCCCUCCAGCUCCUGAGACCAAAGGAAAUGCAGGAGGGGGUGUGGGUGUGAGUAUUUGGGAUUAAGUACGUUUUUUUUACUACAAAUAUGUCAAUUUAAAAAAAGAAAAAGAGGAUGUUUCCUUGUUGGCCUCUCCAAUGUAUUGAGAAUAUUUGGAGAAGUGAUGGGAUGGACUGGGGGAGAUGUAUACAUGUCUUUGUGGAUGAAAGGAGAAUAUCGGUGAGGGUUUGUUUUUUUUAACUGUUGGUCUAACACAAUCAUGUUUUGCAGAUUUGAUUUUUUCCUGUCUGGACAUUUCUGCAAAAUUCACUUUUCAUGUCAAAGCUGCGGCUUGUCGCUUUAAUCACUCAACACAGGGAGGGGGAUACAGUAUUUGUACACGGUAACACACACACAUGAUGUCUUUUUAGAAGUAAAAACAAAGUUAUGCAGACAACAGAAUCUUGGAAAAAUAUUUGGUGAAGUGGAUGUACAGUAUGCCGCCCUGCAAAUGAACUAUGGAGGGGCGGACACCGGUAUUCUCCUUUUUUACGUGGCGGGGGGGUGGGGGGGUUGUGAUUAAACAAUCUUGCUCUUGAUAAAUAAUGGUCAGAUCUGUAAGAUAAACAAUGCUUUGUGAAUUUGUACAAUUUCUUUCUGUUUGGUAUUUGUUUGACCAGACAAUGGACGCCAUCUAUGUUGUUCAUCGUUUAUUUGGUGUUAGGUCCAUUUGAUUUUUGUUAGUUUUUCUCAUUUCUGUUAUUGGCUGACAGGGACGCUGCCUUAAACUAGCUUUAAUGUUGUCAGCUCGAGCCCCGCUCUCUGCGAGUUCAGAGAAAAAGUCCUUAUUUAUUGUCCGUCAUCCCCGCAAAACACCUGACUGACGCAGGGAGUGAAAGCUAUUGAAUUCCAGCCCAAACAUUUACUUUGUAUUCCAUCCCAUUUAAUGACUCCUGAUCUAAUUUGGAAAGUGUAUGUAUAAAAAAUAUAUAUAUUAUAUAUUCAUGUUGUAAAACUUCUGUACUUAAACUUGUGUUUGAUGACAAAAAGGGUGUAUUUUUCUUUCUCUAUGCGCCCGUAUGAUUGAUCUUACUUGUUCUCCAAAAAAUGUCCCUUUUUUUUUGUAUGGACUCUCCCAUUAGGGUACAUUUUGGAUGAGAGCGGAACAUGAAACAUUUCAGUCACAAUCCAUCAGGCGCCGUUUAUUCCCAACAACACGCCUGCCUAAACAUGCUCAAGUGUAAAUCGGAUAGUUUUUGUGUUUUAUUGCUUUUCUUUUCUUAUUUCUAAUUUUGCACUGUGUGUAAACGCAAUCUUGCUAGCACAAAAAAAUGUUGCCAAUAGUAGUUUGGACUUUGCUGCUGUAAAUGCUCUUUUCGUGCUCUCUUCCUCUCUCGCUCUUUUUCUCUGAUUGUAUCCCUCCUUCAUGGAAAUGUUAGUUCUCUCUUUUCAGUUCAUUGUGAUAUAUUUAGCUGCCUUUAUAUGCAAAUAAAAUUGCAAGAUUUUUACUUAUGAA